CAUAUCAGCUCUGCAACCAUUACACAAGACCAAUAUGGCCCGACAAUCAGGUCUGAAAGAGGCGAAACCAAUUGCGUACCAACUCCGUCCAACCCCACAGACUCCCAACUCCUCUUACCCACUCUUGCACUACCCUGGCCUAGUGGACACAUCUCAGCUCUCCCCUUCGAAAGCCUCCAAAAUCUUCGAAGACAACGGCUGGGAAACGCAAUGGGUCAUCCGCUACGCCACCUCCCAGCGCGCGCAUUACCACUCGAAAACCCACGAGACAAUGGUCAUCUUAAACGGCCGUGCCCGGGUCCGAUUCGGCGCGUCGGACUUGACAGCCACAGAAGACCCCGCUGCAGACCAUGAAAAUGGUGGAGUAGAAAUCGAUACGAAGCCAGGAGACGUCUUUGUCAUUCCGGCCGGUGUGUCGCACAAGACUUUCAAUGCGACGCCUGAGAUGCCGUUUGAGAUUUUGACGCCGGGAGAGGGGAGAGGGGUUGGUGGGGUGGACUUGGAUGAGAUUGAUGUAUCGGGGUUUGUCAUGUUAGGAGCGUAUCCGAAGGGAGGCCAGUGGGAUUUCUGUGUAGGUGGAGAGGGGAAGGAAGAAGUGGGUCUGCCGAUGAGAGAUCCUGUGUUGGGGGAGUCUUCUGAUGGGCUGAGAGGGAUUUGGAAGUAA